UCAAAACAAAAAGUAUAAAUCCAAACUUUAACUCAACUUUAGGAGAGUGUUUUAAUAUUAUAACAUCUAUCUUCGGAAACAUUUGACAGCUGGACCAGAACCGGAAGCUCUCGGACAGUGACGUAUCUGAUGUUUUGCUAAAGGUUAGCAUCGGUAAGCUAACUUUGUUUAGUGUCUCUGUUUCUCUCCCUCUCUCCCUGAAGUCUUCAGACUCAGGUCUCCUCCUCUCCUCCUCUCUUUAACUCUGAUGUGAGAUCACCGGGACACGGACAGAGACAUGAACGGGAGCACGAACCCGCUGCUGGACAAAGAGGAACAUGUCCUGAAGCUCGGAGAGAGCUUCGAGAAGAGGCCGAAAUCCUCCUUUCACACCAUCAGAUACGACUUCAAACCGGCGUCCAUCGACACGAGCUGCGAGGGCGAGCUGCAGGUCGGGAAAGGAGAUGAAGUCACCAUCACGUUACCUCACAUCCCGGGCUCCACGCCUCCCAUGACGGUGUUCAAAGGAAACAAGCGUCCGUAUCAGAAGGACUGCGUGCUCAUCAUCAACCACGACACCGGGGAGUUCGUCCUGGAGAAGCUGAGCAGCAGCAUCCAAGUCAAGAAGACAAGGGCGGAGGGCAGCAGUAAGAUCCAGGCCCGCAUCGAGCAGCAGUCGGUUCGAUCCAGUCAGCCCAGCGCUCAGUUCAGGGCCCCCACCAAACCUGGAGCUGGGGUCAAGACCUCCCCGUCCCCUUCUAAAGACAACCCCUCCCCAGAGCCUCAGCUGGAUGACAUCAAGAGAGAGCUGCGUGCAGAGGUGGAGGUGAUCGAGCAGAUGAGCAGCAGCGGCAGCAGCUCGUCUGACUCGGCCAGCGCCUCGGGGAGCGGCGACGACAGCAGCAGCGACGGCGAGCACGACGCCCCUCGACCGCUCAGCCAGACGUCGCCCAACCGGCAGCCCAUCGCCAACGGAGGAGGCGACCGGCAGCAGGGGAACAACCAGCUCAUGAACACACUCCGGAACGAUCUGCAGCUCAGCGAGUCGGGGAGCGACAGUGACGACGACUGAGCCGUGCUCCUCCGUCCUCCCCCUCGCCUCCUCUCCGCCUCUUUUGCUCUGAAGGCCGACUCAGCUGUUACUCCUGGUUUGACUGUGUUUUCUAUUUGAGUUCAGUAUAUCCUUAAAGCUGGCCCGCCUGGAACUUUAAGAGUGUAUUUUUUAUUAGAUGUAUAUUUUGUUUUGUAAAGCAGAACUUUAGAGAACCGACACUUGAACCUGAGAGGUUUGGGAAGAUGAUAUAUUUAGAGUGCACAUUCAUAUUUUCUGUACUUGGAGCAGCUAGUUUCACGUCCUCGUCGUCGUCUGUUUUUAACGGGAGGAUGAGGACAGAUUGUGUUGAAACGUCCUCGUCCUCUCAGCUUGUUCUGUUCAUCAGUGAAGGUCGUUUCUUCUGGACAUGAAUGUUUGACUGCACACGAGCAUCAAAUCAAGACAAAUCCUUUAUUCCAUCAGCGUAUCUAACAUGCAGAGAUCAAAGCGGGCCACAGAAACUCAAAGAUCUCAACCGAGCAUGCAGGGUUUGUGACACGAUCCGAUCUCGCUCCAGUCGUCACGGUUUUUAAAGUUAUAUUUUUGGGGAUUUUUCACCUUUAAUGGAUAGGACAGCUGAAGAGAGACAGGAAGUGUGGGGAGCAGAGAGAGGGGGAGGACAUGCA